GGCACGUGACAGGGCACACGGCGCGUGAUGGGGCUGAUGGGGCAUUGGCGUGUCUGGGCAGAGCUCCGAGGAGCAGGUCGUGCGCAUGCGGAAGAACUCCACAGCCCCCUUAAUGCAGCGUGUGUGGCGUGGCAGGUGAGUGUGCCCGAGCUGCAGGCCCAGCUCCAGUGUCCCAUCUGCCUGGAGGUCUUCAGAGAACCCUUGGUGCUGCUGUGUGGCCAUUCUUGCUGCAAGGACUGCCUGGUCUCCCUGUCCCAGCACCUAGACUCACAGCUACGCUGCCCCGUGUGCUGCCAGGCGGUGGAUGGCGGCAGCUCCCCGCCCAACGUCUCCCUGGCUGGGGUCAUUGAGGCCCUGCGGCUCCCAGGGAACCCAGAGCCCGCCGUCUGCUCCCACCACCGAAACCCACUCAGCCUUUUCUGCGAGAAGGACCAGGAGCUCAUCUGUGGCCUCUGUGGCCUGUUGGGCUCCCACCAGCGCCACCGGGUCACGCCGAUCUCCACUGUCUACAGCCGCAUGAAGGAGGAGCUCGCAACCCUCAUCUCCGAUCUGAAGCAGGAGCAAAGGAAGGUGGAAGAACAUAUUGCCAAACUGGUGAACAACAGGACCCGGAUUGUUAAUGAGUCAGAUGUCUUCAGCUGGGUGAUCCGCCGGGAGUUCCAGGAGCUGCACCACCUGGUGGAUGAGGAGAAGGCCCGCUGCCUGGAGGGGGUAGAGGGCCACACGCGCGGCCUAGUGGCCUCCCUGGACAUGCAGCUGGAGCAGGCCCAGGGCACGCGUGAGCGACUGGCCCAGGCAGAGCGUGUGCUGGAGCAGUUUGGCAGCGAGAACCACCACGAGUUCAUCCGGAACUACCACUCCAUGGCCUCCAGAGCAGAGCUCCAGCAGUCCCGGCCUUUGGAAAGCACGUUCAGCCCCAUCUCCUUCAAGCCAGGCCUCCACCAGGCUGACAUCAAGCUGACAGUAUGGAAAAGGCUGUUCCGGAAAGUUCUACCAGCCCCAGAGUCGCUCAAGCUGGACCCUGCCACUGCCCACCCGCUCCUGGAGCUCUCCAAGGGCAACACGGUGGUGCAGUGUGGGCUCCUGGCGCAGCCGUGCGCCAGCCAGCCCGAGCGCUUCGACUACAGCACCUGUGUUCUGGCCAGCCGGGGCUUUUCCUGUGGCCGCCACUACUGGGAGGUGGUGGUGGGCAGCAAGAGCCACUGGCGCCUGGGGGUCAUCAAGGGCACAGCCAGCCGCAAGGGCAAGCUGAGCAAGUCCCCCGAGCAUGGCGUGUGGCUCGUGGGCCUGAAGGAGGGCCGGGUGUACGAGGCCUUCAGCUGCCCUCGCGUGCCCCUGCCCGUGGCGGGUCGGCCCCACCGCAUCGGGGUCUACCUGCACUACGAGCAGGGGCAGCUCACCUUCUUCGAUGCCGACCGCCCCGAGGACUUGCGGCCGCUCUACACCUUCCAGGCCGACUUCCAGGGCAAGCUCUACCCCAUUCUGGACACGUGCUGGCAUGAACGAGGCAGCAACUCCCUCCCCAUGGUGAUGUCCCCACCCAGCGGGCCUGGCCACCUCGCCCCCCCACGGCCCCCCAAGAUGUAAGGCCGCCUUGCUGCUCCCUGCCCACAGGCACAUGUCGCCCGGCACUGAGACUUGGGUCCCCCGAUCCGUGGUGACCCCCUCACCGCCUGUAUGUCCCCGGAGCGUUGAUGACAGGUAGAGGAGCCAUCGCCCCUUCCCGGUCGGCCACAGGAGUAUUUGUCAACUUUUGCCAGGGUUAGUGGGGCCAGCGUGGGAAUGCGAAGUCCCGCUGAGCAGCUGCGCCUCCCGACCAUGCCCUGCACCUACUUCUCCAGCAGAGGGCGGAAACACUUUAUCA